AUGGCGAUUCAUUAUUCAUCCACUCCUCGUUGUUGCAUGCCACCGCUGCAUCGCACUUGGGCCUCUCGAUCGGUUCUCGCGCCCUCGAUCUUCUUCCGCACUUCCACCCUCAGGCUCGUCUCCGUUCGGUCCCAGGCCUCGGGCUCGGACCACAUCGGUUCAGCCAAGAAACACUCUCGUGCUUCUGUGGGGUUAUCAUCUUCUUCGUCGUCUGUGAUCGAUUUUCUCACUCUCUGCCACCGCCUUAAGACCACAAAAAGGAAAGGAUGGGUUAAUCAUGGGAUAAAAGGUGCUGAAUCGAUUGCUGAUCAUAUGUACCGCAUGGCUUUAAUGGCAUUGAUUGCUGGUGAUGUUCCGGGAUUGAAUAGAGAAAGAUGUAUUAAAAUAGCACUCGUGCAUGAUAUUGCAGAAGCUAUUGUAGGAGAUAUAACACCGGCUGAUGGUGUGCCCAAGGCUGAAAAGAGCAGAAGGGAGCUGGAAGCUUUGAACAAAAUGUGCGAACUUCUUGGUGGAGGGAUGAGAG